CUUUACAAAUCUCUUGUGCUACCCUAGCUGUCGAUCUACUCCGUAAUUGAACUCCAUUUCCAGCAGGCGCGGCGGAAGUAGUCCCAUGGGUAUUGAUUUGGAAGCCGGAGGCAAGUGCAAGAAGACCAAGCGCACUGCGCCUAAGUCCAAUGACAUUUACCUGAAGCUUCUCGUGAAGUUGUAUCGGUUUCUCGUGAGGAGGACCUCGAGCAGCUUCAAUAAGGUGAUAUUGAAGCGUUUGAUCAUGAGCAGGGUCAACAAAGCUCCGCUUUCGCUAUCGCGGCUCGCUCAGCUCAUGAAGAACAAGGAGGACAAGAUAGCUGUUCUUGUAGGGCCUGUAACCGAUGAUAUUCGGGUGCAUGACAUCCCUUCCAUGAAGGUUACUGCCCUGAGGUUUACAGAAAGAGCCAGGGCUAGGAUUGAGAAGGCUGGUGGUGAAUGUCUGACCUUUGACCAGCUUGCUCUUAGAGCCCCUCUUGGACAGAACACGGUACUACUGAGAGGUUCUCCUAAAGCUCGUGAAGCUGUGAAGCACUUUGGUCCUGCUCCGGGUGUGCCACACAGCCACACCAAGCCUUAUGUGCGUGCCAAAGGAAGGAAGUUUGAGAGGGCAAGAGGAAAGAGAAACAGCAGGGGUUUCAGGGUUUGAAUUAAAUUUAUGUUACUUUUCUUGGCAACUGACACUGAGAUGUUGGCCUCCACCCUCGAGAGUUUUGUUCUUGUUUCAACGUUAUGGAUACAUGUUAUCAUUGAGUGUACUCUAUAUUUUCUAGUAACAUCUAAACUUGCCCUUGUUUUUGAAUUCUAUUUCAAAUAGUUUUUUGAGUUCA